GUGUAGCAAAGAGCUUAGAACACCCUGCAACUUCACAUCAUGUUCACGGCGAUAAGAACCGUCUUUUCUGGUAGAUUUUGCUUGGAUAUUAAUCAUCAAUAACCGGUGGAUGUACUGGGAGAGCCAACAACAGCAUUCAUGUGGUAUUUUGACCAUCAUAUAACGGCUAAAUAUAGCGAGGCGGUCGCCUAAAUAGAUAUGUUGUGUGAAUUCGAGACGUGUGUUGUUUUCUGCAGCGCACAUAUCGACUACAUGGGCACCCCAUGUACAGGGGUUCUGGAUGUAAGAAAGUCAUUAUUUGUUGUUACCAAGCUAUCUGUAUCUUGGGGAGGCGUAGCCGGUAGGGGUACAGAUCACCCUCCUAUCACCCACUCACCUCUUCUUUUACACCGAAGCUUGCCAAUGGUUUCUUCGCCCCUAGCCCUGCAAGAAGAGCGGUGAGAGAGAAGUACAGCGUGGUUUCGAAGCAUUGCCAAGUCCCUCCUGCCUUUAUGUCUGAAAUAUGACUUUGAGGUUUAACAAUGGGGGUUUUACGAUCGUGGAGAAGCUGUUUCAAGCACUGCGAGAGAUUCUACAACACUGGCGACUUUCUCUGGCCUCCCUUCUUUUCUAUAUACUUUUGUCAUUGCUCACAAAUGUUUGUAGGGAGAACUUACUGGUGUUAGCGUCGACCAGCAACACGUGUUCGACGCAGUCAUCAUAUCAUACAUUGACAGAACAAAACUGUCCGGAAGCAUCCCAGUGUCAUACAUUAGGGAAUCUAUCACAUGCGGAGUCAAUUUGUAACCUUUCUGUACGUUGUAGGACGCAAACAAACUUGGAAUUUAAUCUUGGUGGUGUCUGUUCGUGGAGGAAACGUUCAAAUUUAGUGCAAUUAGGAAAUAGCGAAUCGGAUUGCCUAUCCAUGCCGGACGCGGGAGAUUGUACGAAAUGUUUGGAGGAUUUUAUAAUCGGUUCUAGAGAAGUUGAAGACAAUUUUGAAGAAUACUCUUCCAUAUUAAGACGCUAUGAUUGUGAUAGGAACUAUUCAAUGUGGGGCUGUGAUCAGUGUAAGGUUGCAGCAGAGUUUGACCCUACUAUCACUAUCAGGGUCAGGGGUCACCUUGGGAUAGUCCAAGGGUGA